AUGUUCAACAAUCAACAAGUCCAUCAAUCCAAUCAACAAGGCGGCGGGCAGACUGGCGUUGGAAACCCUGGUGGACCCCUUGGACUAAUUGGCCUCGUCGCCAAAGGUGUUGCAGCUGGUAUCGGGCUCGCAUCAGAAAGCAUUCAUGCACACAAAGAGAAGAAGAAUGCAAAAAAGAAGGCAGCCGCCGAUCAAGCUCGCCGAUCACAGUCGCAGCCUCCACCCAGCGAACUAGAAGGAUCCAGCCCGCUUCCACCCUAUAGUGACGAUACAGAAAAGGAACACGUUAUGGCUGCGAAGCAACGAGCACAUUUGAGCGAGAACAGGACUUUUGCGCAAGUAGGGGGGGAGCUAGAGGAGGGUGAUGAGGAACAAUGGGAACUGGAUGAUGCACAGGACGAGCUCAUUGAGCGCGAACCCGCGAACCCCAAGAAACGCCCACAGACCCUUGAUCCCAAGAAAAUCACACAAUACUUCAUCGACGAUUACCCCGUUCCACAGGGUAUAGAGCGACGUGGCAAGUUGACUCUCCCCGUUGUCCUGCCCCAGCGCAGACCCAAGGACCGUACUCGCGGUUUCAUCAGAGCUUAUGCGCCAGAGCUGAUGAAUGCUGGAAUCGACCAAGCCAUGUUCCUCGAUUUCCUCGAAACUUUCAAUCUCGCCACUCAAGCUUCACCAUGGAUCAAUGCUAUCAACAUGGCUGGUAUCGCCUUGAUGCCAUUACAUCUCGCUCCUGGCAUCGGACAGGCAGCCACUGUCGCGCUUUAUCUUACCGUGCAAGUUAUGAAGAACAUGCAAAGCCGAAAGAGGCAUGUGGCCCUCCUCCGAAUCGCUGUACUUUUACUAAUUGUCUCCUCUCACAGAUACCACACAGUCAUGGACCAAAUGAACGAACAGUUUUUCCAACCGAGAGGCCUCUACGCUAUGGUGUUGACAUGGAACCCCGAGACCGAUGCUACCAACGUUGGAAUCAACCUCAACGAGACAAUCAGCAAGAACCUGACUCCGCCUGAAGGAAUUUCGAAGGUUGUAUACCAGUAUAAGCCGUCGAUGGGUAACACCAAUGGCGUUGCAUUUACAGAAACCGCUCCUCUCGUUUUCCCCGCCCUCGACAAAUUGGAAGAUGAUCAUAGCAAGGCAGCCAAAACGACGAAGGAGAAAAUUAAGAGUGCGAAGAAUUUUUCUGGCGAGUAUUUUGAUCGACGUGCUCAGGCCAAAUAUGCUGCAAAAAAUCCGGAUAGUCAACUGGUCGUUGGACCCCAGCCUACUUUCACAUCUCGCUACUCGGACCCUAAUAAUCCUACAAAUAGCGGUGACAUCCUUGCCCUUCUCACGGCCGGAAAGGUGAGCAUGCCCGCAGGUUUUGGGCGUGGUUUCGGGGGUGGCGUCGGAGGCACUAUGGGUGGCCGUGGAUUUGGGGGCAUGCCUUAUGUCCGUGGCAUGGGUAGGGGUGGUACGAGAUUCCCUUUGAGUCGACUCAUUGCAAUGUCUAACGGAGGCAUAGGUCGCAUGAUGAUGGAGCAACAAAUAACAACUCAGAAGAAUCCGAGCCAAUGGGGCGAGGACCGGCAAUAUUCAACCCAGACAGGCAUGAAUCAGCAAUUCAGAAGCCAGAUGACUCCUAUGCAGGUUGGCAACCAAGGGAUGAUGGGAGGUCCUCAGGUUGGAUUUGGAGGAGCAGAUUUGAUAGUCAACGGCGUGAAGCGUAUCCUUCGUCAUCAUGUUCUCUAUCUUCUCAUUAUCAACAUGCCGAGCGAAAAGGAUAUGACAGAGGCCACAGCAUUCAUGGAGCAGGACACAUGCCACGAGUUAGCAGGCUAA